CCUCGCCUCCCCUCCCCUCCCCUCCCCUCCCCUCACUCACUCAUUUCCCCCGAUUGCUCAAUUCCAAUCUUUUGUUUUUACUCCGAUGAAAUCCUCCAGAAACUACUGCUAUUUUUCUCGAUUAUCCCUGUUUCCCCGCCAUAUGGAACAGCGUGGUCAGGGAUUCUAGGGUUUUUAAGGAAUCUUUAGUUUGGCGUUCCCCCCCUUUUUUCUUUUCUUUCUUGGUUUAUGAAUCUUUGAGAUUCCUCCGAAAUGUUCACGCCGACGCCGCAGAGGAAUGCGUGGCCGGCGGUUACGGUAGCGCCCAGGAGUACUUCAGCUGGAAAGGGCAAGGCAGUGGCGUUUGUUGAAGUCCCAGAGCAGCCACCGCCGCCCCAACAUUCGCUGAGCGGCAAAGGCUCGGCGGGGUUGGAUACUGGGGAUAUGGAGGACUGGAAACGGUUUAGGGAGGCGGGGUUGUUGGACGAGACGGCGAUGGAGAGGAAGGACCGCGAGGCGCUUUUGGAUAAGAUCACGAAGCUUCAGAACGAGCUUUAUAACUACCAGCACAACAUGGGGCUUCUCUUGAUUGAGAAGAGGGACUGGACUAUGAAGUAUGAAGAACUGGGGCAAGCUCUGUCUGAAACGCAGGAGAUCCUCAAACGGGAGCAGUCGGCACAUUUAAUUGCUCUCUCUGAAGUUGAGAAGCGAGAAGAGAAUUUGAAGAAAAUAUUGAUUGCUGAGAAGCAGCGCGUGAGAGAUCUUGGAAAGGAUAUACGUGAGGUUCAAGAGGAGCGUGACCAAAUCAAGCUUAAAUCUGAGGCAAAGUUGGCUAAUGUUGACACUUUGCUUGUUGGAACUGAAGAGAAAUCUUUGGAGGUAGAGGAAAAGUUGCAUGUUGCUGAAGCCAAGCUUGCUGUGGUAAACAGAAAGAGCUCAGAAUUGGAGAUGAGAUUGCAAAAUGUGGAGGGUCGUGAAAGUGUUCUUCGGAGGGAGCGUCUAUCCUUAACGGCUGAGCAAGAAGCACAUAAAGAAAUUUUUUAUAAGCAAAGGGAAGACUUGCGAGAGUGGGAGAGGAAACUGCAGGAAGGGGAGGAGAGGCUACUCAAGAGUAGGAAAAUCUUUAAUGAAAGAGAGCAGACAGCAAAUGAACUUGAUGCAACUCUUAAACAGAAAGAGAGGGACCUCAAAGAGGCUCAAAAGAAGAUCGAUUUAUGCAACUCAACAUUAAAAGAGAAGGAGGAUGAUAUCAAUAUAAGACUGGAAGACGUAAUUGCAAAAGAGAAAAAGGCCGACUCUCUGAGAAGCUUCCUUGAGAUGAAGGAGAAGGAAUUACUUGUGUUGGAAGAGAAGCUUAAGGCUAGAGAGAGAGUGGAAAUUCAGAAGCUUCUUGAUGAGCAAAGGGCAAAUCUGGAUACAAAAUUGCAGUGGUUUGAGCUGGAACUAGAAGAGAAAAGGAAAUCCCUUAAUGAGGAACAUAGAAGCAAGUUAGAUGAGGUUGAGCAGAAGAAGGCCAAAAUCAACCAUGAGAAAGAAAAGUUGACAAAACAAGAACAGCUUAUGGUUAAGAGGGAGGAGAGAAUGAAUGAGAAAGAGAAGGACAUUGAAAUGAAAAUGAAAUCUUUUAGAGAUAUGGAAAAUGCCAUUAAAGCUGAUGAGAAAAGGUUGGAGGUGGAAAAGCAGCAAAUACUUACUGAUCAAGAGAGUCUGCAAAGUCUCAGAGAUGAGAUUAAGAAGAUAAGGGAUGAAAAUACUCAGCAGAAGCGAGAACUCCAUGAAGAGAGUGAGAAACUGAAGAUAAGUAAGAGGGAGAGGUCAGAGCACAUCUGUCUACAGUCACAAUUGAAGCAGGAAAUAGAGAAUUACAGACUUCAGCAGGAAUUGCUUUUGAAGGAAGGUGAAGAUUUGAAACUUGAAAGGGAGAAGUUUGAGAAAGAGUGGGAAUUGUUGGAUGAGAAAAGAGCUGAAAUUAGUAGGGAGCUAAGGCAAACUGCUGAAGAGAGAGAAAAAUUGGAGAAAUUACAGCGCUCUGAAGAAGGUAGGCUGGAAAAAGAGAGAUAUGUAGUGCAGGAUGAAAUAAAGAGGAAGUUGGAAGCCCUUCAACAGGAGAAAGCAUCAUUUGCAUCCUUAAUGAGGCAUGAAAAUUUAGCUCUAUCUGAGAAAGCUCAGAAUGAGCACAAUCAAAGGCUUCAAGAGUUUGAAUUGCGGAGAAGGGAUCUGGAGAAUGAUAUUCGGAAUAGGCGUGAAGAAAUGGAGAAGCGCCUGCAGGAAAGAGAAACAGCAUUUGAGGAGGAGAGAGAAAGAGAGCGUAAUAGUAUUCGUCAUUUGAAUGAAGUUGCUGAGAAGCAAUGGGAGGAGGUGAAAUCUGAGAGGCAUAGAAUACAGAAGGAAACAGAAGAGCUUAAAAUGAACCAGAAGCAACUGGAAGUAAACCAACUUGAAAUGCGUAAAGAUAUCGAUGAGCUUGGUGAUUUAAGCAGGAAGCUCAAGAUGCAGCGGGAACAGUUUAUUGAGGAAAGAAGUCUAUUCCUUGCAUUUGUUGAGAAGCUGAAGAGUUGCAAAAUUUGUGGGGAAAUCACAAGGGAGUUUGUUUUCUCUGACCUCCAAGUACCUGAUAUGGAAGAUAGGGAGGUUAUUUCUCUGCCAAGGCUGGGUGAUGAAAUUUUGAAGAGCUCUCAAGGCAACGUAGCUGCUACUGAUCUUGGAUUUUCUGACUCUGGGGGGCACCUGUCGUGGAUCCGAAAAUGCACCUCAAAGAUUUUUAAAAUAUCCCCAGGUAAAAAGAGUGAGCAUGUUGCUGCUCCAGUUUUGACCGAGUCAUCCCCAUCAUCACCUAUUCUGCUAAAUGUAGAAAAUAAAAGGGAGCCUGCUAUGCUUGGCAAAGGAGCCAAAGGGUAUGCUAUUUCCAAGGAUGAGCCACAGCCAUCUCUUGGGAUGGCUGCCAACACUUACGAUGUCCAGCGGCUCCAAUCUGAUAGCAUCAUUGGGGAGGUGGAUAAUGUGUCUGCUCCAUCUGCUGAUGAUCAUAGCCACAUGGAUAGUAAGGUAGAAAAAGUUCCCGAUGAUUCCCUGCAAUCAGAACUUAGGGUUGUUCGGCGGAAGCCUGGGGGAAAACGCAAGUCAGGAGUGCAUAGGACACGCUCUGUGAAGGCGGUUGUUGAAGAUGCAAAGGUUUUUCUCAAGGAAACCCCUGAGAAAACAAGACAGAACCAUACCGAUGAGGAAAGCAGGGGUGAUUCCAGUCAUACUGAGACUGUAGUUAGUAAAAAUGCAAGGAAGAGACAACAUGCGCAAACCUCAAGGAUAACAGAGAGUGAGCAAGAUGUUGGGAAUAGUGAAGAGCAUUCUGAAAGUGUCACAGCUGGUGGACGCAGAAAGAGGCGGCAAACUGCUGUUUCAAUCGUGCAAACUCCAGUAGAGAAGCGAUACAAUCUCAGGCGUCAUAAGAUUGCAGGUUCACUCCCAGCUCAAGACCCCCCAGCUGACCUGACAACGACAAAGGAGAAAGAAGCUGAUGGUGGUGAUGCGGUGGAAAUAGAACCAAUACCUGAAGCUGUUUAUGCACCAUCAGUGGGUGUUGCUGGCAAGAAUGGCCAACUCACACAAUUAGUGCACAUUACGACGGUAAAAAGUGUGGAGAUCUCUGAAGAUAGAGUUGUUAGGUUCAAAACACCAGAGAUUGUUAAUGAUGAUGCUGAUGUGGCAAAGUUAGCUGAUUUGAGUGAGGAAAUAAAUGGUACACCAGAAUUUGGCAAUGAAGACGAGAGUGGGAGCACAAUCCAUGAGGCUGAAGAUGACUAUGGUGAUGAGUCGGAUCGUCCUGGUGAAGUGUCAAUAGGAAAGAAGAUAUGGACUUUCUUCACAACAUGAUGAUGCGAUUUUUUCUUCAGUUCACUCUAGGAGCUCCCCCUCCUUCGCUCUCCCCUUUUACCAGAGUAUGAACCAUUUGAAAGUCAUGUAAUUGAGGGCUUCUAGCUUUAGUUGAUGAGAUUUGUAAGCAUUUUUUUUUUUCUCCUGUCGUAGUUUUGAGGGUAGAAAAAAGUUUGGCGAUUGUGGAGGGGUGGUUUCAGUUUAGGACUUCUGAUGCAUGAUGUUACUAGUUACAGCAUGUUAUUGAUAUCAUAAAGCAUCAUGGUGAUGUAAUUUCAACAUGUUUAGAAUUUUUCUUUCAACAUAUUCUUUACAAAAGCGUCAGUUCACAUAUUUAA